AUGACGCAGCUGUCGGAUUAUACGGGGCCGAGUCCCGGCAAGGGAGACGAUGACGGCGAGUCUAUUGAGGAACGAUGCUUCUCCGCCGCGCUCGUCUGUCUCGAGGGCCAUUUCACGCAAUCCCCUCCCAUGGGGCCCCAAACAGCUGCUCGUGUGAACUCCAUGAUAUCAAAGACUCUCGAGAAGACCCAUACGCUUAGGACAGCCCGUGAGGCGCUCUCGCGAAAUGUAGCCAUAUGGAUAUGGCUCACAAGAAUAUUUGCCGCUGCUAUCCCUAGCCUCACAACUAGAUCAGUAGGGCCUCUGUCCAGCUUGAACGACCCGGACAGGGGGGUGAGUCCUCAGGAAAGCACCGCCUUGAUCGUUAUGAAUCACGCGUCUAUCAAGGAGGACCUCGGCACCUUGAUCAAAUUGAUGCACAUUGCAAGGAACCUGCUGGUCAAUGCAGAACCUGAAGUUCCUCAGGAUGUUUGUGCAGCCGUGCAUUUUGAUCAGAUGGUUUAUCAGACCAUUAUUCUGUGCGUCAACGUCACCAGCAAGGGAUAUGAUGGAGAGAUUUUAGACGAAACCCAGAGAUUAAAAUUGGCUGACGUUACGGAACUAUAUAAGAAGUUGUUGGUCACGUCGCUCCAGCAGGCGCAUAAUUGGACUGCCAAGCACGACCGCAACAAAAUGUCAUUUUGGUUCGACGUGCUCUUUGAUGAGGAUGAGGGCGCUUUUGGCUGUCAGGAAGAGGGCCUGGGUGACGGGUCUGGCUUCCGGCCAGACGUAGCCAAGAAACAGGUUCAGCAUUGGCUCGACCGCAACUCUAGAAUGUGCGACGCUGCGAGAAAACUUCUCAAGGACUAUGCCCAAAACCACGCAGAUAAGCCGCCAGGUAACCUGGCACCCAUCCGCCCCCUGGCUUGGAACUGGCUUCCUGAAGGCUCAGUCAGCAUACCUGGCGACUUGGCAGACACCAGCGAAAAGAUGAAUCCCGUCUGGAAGCCUGAUGAGACCGACAACUUUGAACAGGACAGAGCCUACGGGCGCGUAUCCAGGGAAAUAGAUACUUGGUGGUUGCGUGCUCGUGAUCCCAACUACGAAGAGUGGGUGGUUACCAUGCCGUCUGUGGAGCUGGCACAAUCGAGGACCGAACACUGCAAGUCGAAUUUGAUCCAUCGCUAUGCUCACUCGUACAGAGGAGGUCACUCACCACCUCCUGAAGCGGCAGAUGAUGAGCCUUCCGACCAUGAGCACUGCCAUCAUUGCCCCGAAUGCCACGAGUGUUACCACCAUCAUGACGACGCAGAAGAUGAGGAACACGACCACGAGCAUGAGCACGAGCAUAGAUGUAGCCACGAUGAUUCUGAUCAGGACGAACACGAACACGAACAGGGUCCUGAGUGUGAGCAUCACCAUCACCACCGUCAUCAUCAUCACCACCACCACCACCACCACCACCAUCCCCAUAGUCAUGACCAUGACCAUGACCAUGACCAUGACCAUGCGCAUGACUACGUCGACGAUAUGAUUGACGAAGAGGAUGGCGAUGAUGACGAGUCGUACGGCGAUGGCCCACUGACUGGACUUCUUACCGAAGUGCCCAACAUUUUGGAUCCAAAGCAAAUUGAAGCCCUCCAUAUGAUCGUCAAGUCAUGUAUCCUGGACAACGCCGGGUCCGGCCUCACUCGGGCUGGCGAAAACUUGCAAAAGACAAGAUGCAGGAUGUUCCUGGCACUCGACUGCGGCAAGAGUCUUUUGCGAGAACUCCUCGUCUUCAUUGCUGUCUGGGACAAGGACGAGCAGUCGCUCAUAUUCCAAGUCACGACUCAGAUCGUCGAGGCUCUUCACCACAGCGCCUUGAUCCCCUACGCCUGGAACUCGCUCCGAAUUCCCAAGGAUAUCAUAUCCCCAGCACAAACCGUGCUGCUACGACUGGUAAGCCACAUGUUUCGAGCCAGAGUGAACAACAAUGCCGCCAGUGGCAGCAACCACACCCCCCUUGCUACUGCUCCCAAUCCCAGCGCUUCCACUGCCAACGCGAGAGAUGCUUCACCCCAAGAAAGAGACAACUCUCGGGAUGUCAAGCUCGUCCACUUUUUCUUCAGCUACUUUCGUAGCCGCAUUGUUCCCGAAUGUGCUGCCCUCAUGCAUCUGCAGGCCCAAAUCCGCGAAGACAAAUGUGAUCCGACAGAGUUUCCCGUCGACAGCUGGGACAUGGAACGUGCCAAAGAUGGGCUGGCGCAAUACCUCGACUUUCUCACUACUGUGGCUGAAAUGGCGGACACGCGCGCCAAAUUGAUUGAAUGGGAAGCCAUAUACGACCUCAUCACUAUCCUCAACGGUCUUGAAGCUGGAGUUGCUAAAAAGCCAUUGAUCGAACUCCCCAAACGUUCGCCAUCAAAACCCGGAUCAUUGUCACCAACCUUGGCGUCCUGUCUCACCCCUACUACAGCAACAAACACCAUGGUUGAGCGGCCCUAUGCAACCGAAGCGGGAUCUCCAUCCCCAUCUCCGCCACCACCUCCAAUUCAAGAGCCAGCCUACAAGUUCCCCUGGCCUUGUGUCAAAGGUCAAAUCUUCACCAUACUCGCCACGCUCCUCCAACCACCUCCAGGGCAGUCCAGCCCUGGAAACUGUCAGGUUCAGUCCCAAAUGGUCAAACAUAACGGUAUCGUUCCGUUGCUCAACAGCUGUGCGUAUGAUGACCACAACCCCUUUGCAAAGGAACGGGUGACAAUAUGUCUCAAAUGGCUGCUAGAUGGAUGCGAGGCAGCCAACAGUUUUUUCAGGGAACUUGUCAGCAUAGUACCGCAGCCGAACUCGAAGCUUCCGUUGGCGGGGACAGUCGUCUCGACACUUAGAGUGGAUGGCAUCCAGGGCGAUAUUAAAGUGCAGGUACGAUCGAGGACGGCCCCGCCUGUAGGGAGGACAGGCGUGGUUGAAGAGGCGGAGGGCGAUGAUGAGGAGGAUCUGCUGCAGAGAGCAGCGGAAAUGAGUUUGCAUUCGGCGCCCGCUACGUCGAGGGAGAGCAUAGAAGAUGAUUUUAUGGCGUAG